GCGGAGGCUGCUGUCCGCCGUUUAGCCCCGGAGAACCGGAACCACGCGGAGGAUGAAGAAGCACCUGAGCCCCUCCAAGCAGCCGCAGCCGCCGCCCAACGUCCCGGCGGCGGCUCCUCCGGGCGGCGAGGCGACGGUCCAGACGCUGAACGAGCUGCUGUCGGACGGAAGCGGCUUCUACAGCCUCCCGACGCAGCACUUCAACGAGGUCUUCCCCAGAAUCUACGUCGGCAACGCGUUUGUUGCCCAGAAUGCGAUGCGACUGCAGAAACUCGGAGUGACGCAUGUCCUCAAUGUGGCCGAGGGAACCUCCUUCAUGCACGUCAACACCAGUGCAGACUUCUACGCCGGAACCGGCAUCACGUACCACGGCAUCCAGGCCAACGACACCGAGCAGUUCGACCUCAGUGCCUUCUUUGAGGAGGGGGCUGAUUUUAUCGACAAGGCCCUAGCACACAAUAACAGCAAAGGGAAGGUGUACGUUCACUGCAGAGAAGGCUACAGCCGCUCCCCCACCAUGGUCGUCGCUUACCUCAUGCUGCGCCACAAGAUGGACGCCCGGCUGGCGGUCGCCACGGUGAGGCACAAGAGGGAGAUCGGGCCGAACGACGGCUUCCUCCGCCAGCUGUGCCAGCUGAACGAGAAACUGGCAAAGGAGGGCAAGCUGAACGGCGAGGUGGGCAAACUAAAGACCAAAUGAGAGCAGAAGGAGGCAGAAAGAGACUCUCCGACCCGUCUCCUCCCAUCAUGCCUUUCAGCUGCUCUCGGAGACCAAACCAGCACCCAUCCAACACACCAGGGGUAUCUGAAACACAAACAUACAUGCAUUUAUCCGUGUAGAUAAUCGUCUCGCGCUCAUUCCGUUUCCUUUUUAGUCUCUCUCACUGCUGUCCUACGAAAGUGUGAUCUCAAAAUACAAAAACAAAAAAUCCCCCUUUUUCUAACUCGCCGCUCGAACCAAAUUACCGUCACUUUUCGAGCCACUUUGAAGCAUUCCUUCGAUUCCCCGUGAGGUAAGAAGGUGAAAACUUUGCCCUGAUUUCUAGAAAUUUUCUCAGAGUUGCAGGAAAAUAAAAAAAACGAUGAUAGCACAAUCAUUCCAUAGUUUUCCACUGCCGGGAAUGUCAGUGAUGUCUCCGCCAGCAGGAGUGAUCCUCAGAUUCCAAACUCCUAAACAUCGAUGGCCACACGAGAUGCAACAAAGAGUGGAUGGAGGAGGAAAAUCCCAAACAUUCCAUGAAAACUUAAAAAAAGAUGCCCAGAUUCUUUUUAAAACCCUCGAUUAUUUUCCUUCUUCUGCCCGUAGCGGCGGAUGUUUAAUGCACAAACGACUCGCACUCCAAAGCUGCAGCUCUGCGUAGCGUCUCGGUCCUCCGGCCUCUAGUUUGACGGUGGCGACAUGAAAUUUAUCGGUUGUUGACAUGGAGCGGAGCGGCGCCGGGAGCAGCAAAGGUCAAGCUAAUUAAAAAUAACGAGCUGCGCUGGUUGUUCGUGUGGCGGCCGUAGUUAGCAGCAGAUAUGACGGAUGUUGAUUUUUAGCUCGACAGUCGGCCUCCACGGUACAGAAAUCUGAGGGAAACACUGCGUCGAAUGUUUCUCCUGCAGUUCCUUCUGCUUAAAGUAGACGUUCAUGUGAAGUUGUUUUAAUUUUCGGCCACAGAAGCAGCUUCAGAUUUGCAUUAUUUUACUCACAUAAGUAACCAGAAGGCUGUUUUUCUGUUUUCUUUAAUAGCGUCCAUCUAAAAAAUAAAUUUAGGAUUGAGUUUGUGUGUUAUAAGCAACACUUUAUUAUUUACUUGCAAGACUUUAUAAAGUCCAAGAUUGGAUGAAGACUUAAAAAGACCCUUAAUGUGUUUUAAAUCCCUUAAGGUUGCAGUAAUUUUCAAACAUUUUCAUCGUUUUUCAUGAUAUUUAUCACGCUGUAACAGGGUUCCAGUGUAAUGGAACAAUUAUGUUCAGUUCUCUGUCAAUUUGUCAAUUAAUUUGUUGUUCAAAAAAAUGGUAAAAUAGAAAUGUCAAUCAGUGUUUCCCAAUGCUCAACAUGAUAUCCUGAAAUAUCUUCUGUCCACCAUCCAAAUAUUUUCAGUUUACUGUCAUAGUAGAGGAAGGAAAUUCAAAAAAUUUUCGCAUUUAAGAACCUUGAAUCAGUGAAUUUAGACUUUUUUUUCUUGGAAAGUUGCUGAAACUGAUCAAUCGGUGAUCCAAAUAGGCAAAUAUUUUAUAAUUUGACAACUAACUGAUUAAUCGGUGACUUCUUGCAGCCUUAAAAUGUAGCUGCUUUGACCAGUUUAAUGUUACUUCGUUUAACUAUCACACAGCUAAAAAAUGCUGAGCUUAAGCUAAAAACUACCCUAAAAUAAAAGCAGAGCUGUCAUUGCACUAUAAGGAACCAUCCUAGUUCUUCAAUGAAGAGGCCAAAUGUUUGCUUAUAAUUCUAUUUUCUUCACUAAAACGAAGACUGCUCCUGGAAUGAUACUUGGAGAACGUAGACUUUCUCCAAGGCCAAUAAUCAACUCUUCUUCUACGUGUAAUCUUGCAGCCUAGACCAGAUUAGCGCCGAACUGUAAUAGUUUCUUGCUGUGCCCAUGUUGCAUCCUUCUACCAAAAUUGGCUCAGUGGUUUUUGUGUAAUGUUGCUGCUAAAUGGUUGUGAAAACACUAAAGGGGUGUUCAUUGGUAGUCUGUUCUUCCCACCACCGAAAACACUGGAUUAAUCCUGGACGACUGUUGACGUAGUACUUUCUUCCUAAAAAAGCAACACUGGAGAUUGUCCCACCAGUGAAAUUUUGGCUGGAUAAAAGCACCAACCAAACCAGUUGUCCAUGGACACUACAAACCUAACAGUUACACAGCUAAAAAACUAGCGGAUAAACAGAGUUCAAAUGGACUUCUGGAUGAUACAUUUGAGUAAUCAAUGUCUAGUGAGCAGCCCUACAAGGAACCCCCCAAGAAAAGGUCAAAUGUUGGCUCCAAGUAAAAAUUUGGUCUCUAAAAGUGAAACUAAAAUGAGAAAGACACUUGGGGAGUGCAGACUUUCUCCAAGGCCGAUAGUCAACUGUUCUACAACACACUAUUUCACACCCCAAACCAGGUUUGCACAAAAAAUUCGUAGGUAGCCCAUGUUUCACCAAGUUCCAUGAAAAUUGGCUUGGUGGUUUUUGUGUAAUUCUGUUUUUGUGUAAUUUUUAAAUGCUAUUUAAAACAUCAUUUGGGUGUUCAAAGGUUGUGUUUUUUCCAACCAUCACCAAAAGUAAUGGAUUAAUCCUAGAAUACUGUUGAUGUAGAGCUUAUUUCCUUAUAAAGAUACCACCAGAGAUUGUCCAACCAGUAAGUAUUUGGUCGGAUGAGAGCAUUUCAACCAACAAAUUGUCCUGGACCACACACACCUGAAACUGGGGAAAUGGCAGAGCUGUCUUUGUACUGCAAUGAACCAGCUUGUAAUUCCAAUUUCUUCUCUAUAAGAGAAACUAAAACUAGAAGGACUUUCUCCAAGGCUAGUAGUCAACUCUUCUACGACAUGCUAUUUCAAACCCGAAACCAGAUUUGCACCAAAAUUUAGUAGGUAUCUCAUGUUUCACCAAGUUUCAUGAAAAUUGUCUUGGUGGUUUUUGUAUAAAUCUGCCUGUAAACGGUUAUCAAAACAUUCACAAGUUGUGUUUUCCUACCAUUGCCAAAAAUAAUGGAUUACUCCUAGAAGGCUGUUGAUGUAGAGCUUCUGUCAUUAUGAAAGUAGCACCAGAGAUUGUUUGACCAAUAAGAAUUUAGUGGAAUGAAAGCAUAUCGACCAUUAAAUCGACCUGGACCCUACAACCCCUAGCAAAUACGCAGCUUACUACAAGGAACCACCUUCUAAUUCCAAUUUCUUCUCUAAAAAUUAAACUAUAACUAGAAGGACUUUCUCCAAAGUUAAUAGUCCACUCUUCUACGACAUGGUAUUUCACCAUCCAAACCAGAUUUGCACAAAAAAUUUAGUAGGUAGCCCAUGUUUCACGAAAAUUGUCUUGGUAGUUUUUGUGUAAAUCUGCUGGUAAAUGGUAUUUAAAACAUCUUGGGGUUGUUCACAGGUUGUUUCUUUCAACCAUUACCAAAAGUAACGGAUUAAUCCCAGAAGACCUGUUGAUGUAGCACCAGACAUGGUCCAACUAAUGAAAUUUUGGUUGAAUUAGAGCAUAUCGACCAACCAGUUAUUCUGAAAAGAAGACAUUCGUUGAUUGAUUUGAUCUGCCAGCUUAUUUCAGCUCUAGAUUUUUGCAAAUAAAAGGCCAAAAUGGAAAGAAUCAGACAUCUUUUCAGAUUUAUCUGGCAUCUAGUGUGCAGGUUAGCGCUUUUAGCUGAAUAUUCCUAACCCAUUCUCAACAUCUCGCUCGACAUGGCGGCAACCGGGGUGUUAAAAGCCGAUAAUGCUCAGCUUCAAACUAGAGGCCUCCAGUUUCCACCGGGGAAAGAUGCCACCCGCUCCCAACAGAAAGUUCCAGUCAUCGUCGCCAGAGAGUUGUCCACUGCCAAUUCCCUGACACUGUUUCAUCCACGCAGUCUGUCCGAGGUCCAUACACAACAUGUCUCACUCCCAACUGUGUGUGUCAUACACUAAAUUAUGCACACACAACUCCUCACAAAGCCUUGUUUUCGUUUGUACUAAAGCAUUGCAAUAUAUGUCAAUACCCCAUCAGAUAUAUAGAAUGUAACCACAUGUACUCCCACUAACCAGGCAGUAGUUGCUACAUAUAGUACACGGCAACUUUACAGUCCAUUUUGACAGACACUGUAUUUAUUACUGGACAUAAUACUGUAAACUAGACCUAGUGCCAGGAGGGAAGGGUGAUGGAGUGUCUCUAGAAGCUGCACAGCAUCACUCCUCCGGGUUUAGAGAGGAAAGUGUGAGACAGGAAGUCAGAGAAGAGUCAGUUCAGCCACUAUGUCCAACACGUCAGAUGCAUAUUUCUCUGGUCUGAGGCAUGUUAGCAUGAAUCCAAGAGGGACAGAGGAAGAUAGAUGAAAACUAGGUUGCCUCACCUCAUUAUUGGCACUAUUUAUUCCUCCUUUGAUAUAUCUGUAUACAUCUAAAUAUAUACAUGUAUACUGUAUAUACAUAUUUAAGUGUUGACAUAUAUGAAUGUAUGAGCAAUGUGUCUAUAACGUGUAGGUAUCGUCAGUAUGUCUUUAUAUAUCAUGUUAUAUUCGUAUCAUGGAGUAGCUCCUCCUUUCUUUCUGUUUUGUCUACAUGCACAUUGGUAUCCAGGUACGAUGUGCAUGUAACAUGUUCUGUGUGAUUGUGAUAUUUGGUAUCGCAAUUGUGCAAAACUCGCUAGCUUGAUAGCAGGGUUUGGGUUUUUUUUUUCGUCCGGGCUUAGCUGGGAUACUGAGGCAUGUAAUCAUGGUGUUCUACUAGUGUUUCGUGAAGGUUUGAGUUUCCAUUAGUGAUGCUGAUUCAUUCAUAAGAUACAGCAGGAUGCAGGUGGCAGCAUAAGAUGCAUAUGAGAUCGUCCUGCAUAUGCGUACGAACCAUCACAUCGUCCCAUCAACCAUUUAUAUGGUGCUUUAACACAUUUUCAGCAGUUUCUUUGUUGAUAGGAAUCACAUUUUUUCUGUUUAGAUCUAUAACUUCUUUGCAUUUGCAGGCUGCAGUUUCUCCACUAGGGGCAGCAGCUCAGUUAUUGUUGGAUUACAGGCUUGCUGCAUGAAGACAUUUCAGUGUUUGGUUAGUGUUGAUUUCGUUUCCGGAUACGUCUAAUACGAGUUAAAGAUAAAGAUUAAUCGAGUUGAAAGACUUAUAUGCUUCUUAACCCUCUGAACACCAAGCAGUUUCUGGACGCUUUUUUGCUCCAGUCACAGUUUUUUUUUCACUGUAGGCUCAUUUUUCACUCCAAUAUAAAGUCAUGCACCUCUUUGGAAACGGCACAACCAUGAAGAACUUAGAAAUGUCUUCUGUGCAGUAAAUUAAAAGUAUAAUGCUAUGAAGCAGAAAUAGAAAAAAACUGGAAUCAACAAGUACAACAUAUUUCCAAGCGUCCAUAGGUGUUACCAGUAAAAAUGGCGGCUCUACAUGUUUUAGAUAUUUUACUAUUUACAUUUUUAACUUGGUUCCAUUCUUGUCGUCUUUCUGCUUUGUGUAAACACAGCCUGCAGUUCAACCGAGGAACAUUUUUGACACGAUAUUGAUUAAAUGUCACAAUUUUAAGUGUAGAUUUGGUUGAUUUUUCCAACAGAAUGUCACUUUACAAAUGAGUAGUUCAAAGACCAUUGGAAAGACUUAGAUGAAUGAUGCCGUUUGCCCAUUUUUUUCAAAGUCAGCAUGACGUUCAAACCUGCUAGCAGGUUUUGGGGGUUCAGAGGGUUAAAGUUUUUGUGUUGUCACACUCACUGCUAAAUUAUUUAACUGUAGAGUUCUUCCAAAACACAAACAAGUUCUGUUAGAGUAAACAGAAAGAGCUGAGCACUUGUAAAACGCUUGAAAUUAGUCUUAAUUUACCCAAAAUUCACAGCAAUUGGUCCAAAUUAAGAUCAUGGACUGUAUAGGAAAGAUGGACAUAGUGUCACCCUUUGGUUUGUGGACUACUGUUUUGGAGCGAUCUUGAAACCAGACAUGACAAGCAAGGUGUGAAUCGAACUAUGCAUGCCUUUGUUGUCUAUUUUAGUCCAAAUAAGACCAUAAUUUACAAAAUAAAAGUCGUGCUGUCUUGAAGGACUCUUAAAAUUAGCGAUUGAGUGCAUAGACUCAUCAGGAAAAUGUUUACUGAGGUAGCAAAUCAAGGACAAAGUAGGGUCAUUUUCUCAUAGACUUGUACAAGAGUCGCCCCCUGCUGGCUGUUAGAUAGAAUGCAGAUUUAAGUCACUUCUGCAUCGGCUUCACUCUUCAGAUCCAUCUCCAUCUUUUAUUUACAGUCUAUGUUUAAGAUUAAACACACAAAAUAUUUUAUCUGGAGACAAGAUUUGACCUGAAGUGUGACAACAAAGUUUAAAUGAGGCCACAGUCAGAGUUAAAGUAACUUUGUGAAGUUCUGGACAUGUUGACCUUCACUGUGUCCCUACAGUUCAGACCUGCAGAUGAGGCUCUGUCACCACCUACUGGCAAAGUAUUAGAAGCUGUGUUUUUACAAGCAGACAAUGGAUUUUAUACGUGUCUUUUAUAUCUGUGUCCGUUCUAAAACAAUCAAUGAACAGGGCAGGGCAUGAAGUGAUUUAGAAACUUGACCAUCAAACAAGUCAAACUUCUAAUUUUUACAUUUUAGGUGCAUUAGAUGGCAGAUCUAGAUGCUCAGUUUUAACUUUGGAAUAAAGAUUCUAAAGUAGGUAUGACAGCGUCCAGAAAAGGUUCCAUUAUUUGAUUAGGUGAUUGGCAGGAAGUAAAAAUGCUAAAUAUAUUGUGUUGACUUCCUGUCUUACAGCAAAGUAAAUUGAAUAUCAUCUGGUUUUGGACUGUCAGUUCUUACGUAUAUUUGGCUCUAGGACAGUAUAAAGUUUAUUUUUACUGUUUUCUGGGGUUUUAUAGACCAAAAAUAAUCACCAGAUCAAUGAUAAAGUGAGUAAUUGCCUUUCUUGUCCAGGUAGUGUGCAUAAAAUGUACACGAGUGCACAUAAAAACAGCCCGAGGAGCCAUUUUAAAGGCCCCUGAUGUCAUAAAAUCCAGUGUUUAGAUCCCAAAGAAACAUUCACUGAAAUGUCCAGCGCUGCUGUGGCCUCUGACUCAUUACUGGCCAGGAAGAAGUUAAUAUUCUCACAGGGAGUUAAAGCUGAGGGCAAAGCUUGCAGAGUGAGUGUCUCGGUCCAGGUUCAUCUACAGGUUGUUCAGUCAACUCUGACCCCUGUCAUCUGGUCAUUUCAUACAAUGUUUGAAAUCCUUACAGCAAUACAUUCGAUUUCAGACAUCUCACAAACUUUGCUUCCUCUUGUGGGAUCACCAAAGUGUCUGGCAGGAUAAAUCAGGUGCACUAGUUCAGAUUUGAGGAGUGUAAUUUAGUGCAUGGCGUCAUACUUUCAUUUUCCCAUCACCUCAACAUGAACCCCACACCACACAGCGAUGAAGAUUGAAGGAUUGUACUUCAGUCUACAGCCAGAGAGAAUUACAAACCUCUCACAACUACAUAUUUUACCAGAACUGUUUGUGCCAAUGUACUGUUAACAUUCAUGAUUGGCUUUGUUGUCAUUCAAAUGGCCUGGGGUUUGCAUCUGCUCUACAAUACUGCCCUCCUUCUGAAUACACAAAAAGCAACAACCUUCACUUUUUCCUUGUUCAGUUGUACACACGGUGUUUCUUUAAAUUUGGGAAUUAUUGGGGUUGUUCAAAUCGGUCCAGGAUGAGGGUACGUACUUUAUACACCACUGUCUCCCAAAAAUCACAUUUCUAUACAACUAGACUGCAUUCUUAUUUCCGUUUUCCGGGAUAUUCUUCCAAAUUAUAUUCAUGAUGUACCACAAAGAUAUUUAAGAUCAACCUAUCUUUGCCAUUUAUUGUACUGUUUUGCUGUCAUUCCUUUAUAGCCCACCUAUUGUAUAUUAGGUGAGGCAGAACUCAGUACCUUGGUAACCCAAAAAAUGUCCAAACAUAGUUUUAACCAAGUAAAGGGUUACAACUGAAAGUAAGCAACAAGUGAAAAUGAAAAGUAAGUGUUGGAGUAAAGUCUUGUUGCUAACUUCUACCUGCUAACGUGGAUAUUGUGACCAUUCCUACUUCGCUUGUAGUGAUGCAUAAUUUAGUUAGCCAACCCCUAACCCUGAUGUAGCCACAGAAUUGACCAAAGUACUAAUGUAAUGGUUACCAGAGGUUGUCUGGUUAAACUUUGGUUUGUUUUACAUAUGUUAGCUUUGGUGGAAAUCCAUUAACCACCACACAAGUCUUUGUCAUGGUGCCCCUUGCUAGCUAAACCCCCACAAUGCUUUUGAUGGCACAAAAACCAAAAGCGAGAACUGCCCAUAGCCUUAGCGACCGCCUUCUUGGGAUGCUACAGCAUAAAACCCAAAGUGCAGUAUUUCAUCUCUUUAAAUAGUAAGAGGCUCCACCUGAUGGUGCUCCCAGGUACUACAGCUGAUCUACAAUACAGUUUUCUUUCAUGUCGUAAAUGAGAAUGCAGUUUACUUGAAUAACGACGUCAUUUUUGUGAGACAGACUUGACUUUAUAGCAUUAACUGCCUACACUGACCUGCCCAUUGAGUAAACCAUUGACAGUUUUUGGCUUCCGAGACACAAACACUCUGUGGUGGCCGAACUAGCCAUGGUGGACGUUUUCUUCCACUGCUGAAAACACUUUUUGGAUGAAACAAAAAUGCAACAAAUCACGCGUAAGAAGAAGAUGUCUAUCAUGGCUACACUGCUGGCUCCUUUAUGCAUUGAGUAACAGAUAAACACUGCCACCUGCUGUUCAACAAAUCCAGUAGUUUGCACACUCUUUGAUUUAUGGUGAUUAUAACUCAUGGCAUCAUACAGUAAAUAGUUACAAUCCAAUCCCGUGUUCCCAAAUGUGAAACCAUGUAACGUCAAUAUUAAGCAAUGGAUUUGUUCGUUUCAAAGGUACCAGCAUCAUUUUGUGGGUUAUACAGUACAUUAUGUAUUAUUGAGAAUGUCAAAUGUGAAAUGCCAUUGAUGUAUAUUGUUAUAUAUACUGAGUAUGUAACACGCACUAUAAGGCAAUUGUGAAUUGCUGCAUUUUACUGUUAUAACUGGCCUAUUACAGUGUAAAGAUAGGACAUAGUUUGAUAUUGGAUCUUGAUGAAACAUUCGUUUUGACUUACUUUCUCCUCAAAGUGAUGUUUUGUUUGUUUUUAUCUAGAUUUUUGUCCUGUUGCAAGGGCAUAAGUUCUGAUUAUUUUAACUAAAGACGGCUAUUUUUUGUACAAUAGGGAAUGUUCAUGAAAGUGUGAUUGUGACCUGCUUCUCCGACGUAAUUUUUCAGUUUGAUACGUGUUGUUUUUGGAUGUAGUCGCCUACAUGUGUAAUGGUGGUCAGACCUGGGCCAGGCUGUAAUUGUAACUCGCCGGUUGUUUCAAAAACCAGAGUAGAGAGGAGGGCUGGUAAAUCAAUCACACAGGUAGUUGUGUUUAUUAUCGUAGAAAAAGUACAUUACGAAUGAUUUCCUGUGAUUUUCGUUCAAAUUCGCCGUCCCGUGUGGCGCAGCUCGAACAUCUGGAGGCAAGACGCUGAAAAGUGACCGACAGCUGAUUCUUUAUGUCAUGGAAACUCAUGUGGUUGAGCUUAUGAUGCAAUAAGCUGCAUCCCUCCGGAGCUCCUGAGGGCGGCUCCAACAAACAACUGGGAUUACUUACAAAUACCGUCUGGCGCAGGUGAGGUUCUGACUGCAGAGCUGUCAUCUUCUUGGCCUAAAGCAGGAGUUUUAGCACAAAUGAGCCCACUGCCUGACUCCUCCUGGAGUCCAUUACAGUCUUAUCUUGUCACACCGUUUCUGUUUGUGUACAGGUGUUGCAGAGGACGUUGUUGUGACGUUGGAUUGGCUGUCAAUGGGUAUAUCCACUUAUAUGAAUAUAGAUAUCUAUAUAUACUGUAUAUUUGUCACCGCUGCUGACAUCUCAACGAAAGCAUCACGACGACACGGCACUCGGCACCCAAAGCCUUACAGUAAAUGAUUGAUUCUUCAGAUAUGUUUUUGAGUUUGUGUAUCUCACUUCACACGGUAGGAAGGGACGAUCCCUUACAGAGCGACACAUCGAUGAAGUGCACUUGAUUUUAAAUUGCAAUGUUAUUUUUCUUACCUUGGAGAAGUCCCUUCUUUCUUAUGUUUAAGAAAUAAAUGGCUGAGGUAUUAA